AAGUGAAAGAUCUUAUUAUUAUCAAUUUUUUACGAAUUUAAUUACUGCUAAUCUUUCCCCCUGUUUAUUGCAAAUAUAAGGCCCUUUAAUAUCAAGUUCGCCUACAUAUUUUACCAUUAAGUUUACCUCGGGAUUGUUAGUAUCAUCUGAUAAUCCAUCAUAGAUCUGUAAAUAAGAGUAAAUAUUUUUGAACAUCGGAUUUCAAAAUUAUUUUGUUCGAUUUUACCAGUGAUUUAAAUAACCGAAAAAAUUUUGAUCCAGAUCACUGACGUACUAUAACCAUACUAAUAUUUCACAACUGCAUUCAUCUCCAAUCAAAGAGUAUAACAACUUUACAACAUGGCUAGGACUAAGCAGACUGCAAGAAAAUCAACUGGUGGUAAAGCACCCCGCAAACAACUAGCAACCAAGGCUGCAAGGAAAACCGCUCCCGUCACCGGUGGUGUCAAGAAACCACAUAGGUAUCGCCCAGGUACUGUAGCUCUCAGGGAAAUUAGGAAGUUCCAGAAGUCAACCGAGCUCUUGAUCAGGAAGUUGCCGUUCCAAAGACUUGUUCGCGAAAUCGCCCAGGACUACAAAACGGAUUUAAGGUUCCAAUCACAGGCUGUUUUGGCACUCCAAGAAGCGGCUGAGGCUUACCUCGUUGGACUUUUUGAGGACACCAACUUGUGCGCAAUCCACGCCAAGAGAGUCACCAUCAUGCCCAAGGAUGUUCAUCUGGCCAGGAGGAUCAGGGGUGAAAGAGCUUAAUGUAAUCACUUUUUGUACACUGAUUCUUAGUCACCUUUCUUUUAACACUGUAUCCUUUGUUAUUCGCUGUUGAUUCAAUUGAGUCAUUGUUUUACCAUAACUAUAAAAUUUUAAUCCACA